AGUUAUCAUCUCCAUCUCCUACUGUGCUUAGGCGAAAGCGCAACGGUUAUAAAUGUGGAUGCAAUUAUUUAUAGUCACUGCAUUUGUGCCGCUGGUCUUGUCUUUGCCGUGUUCGUCAGCCACUGGGGAGUUGUUGGAGUUGUAGCUGCCUUGUGGGGACUGCCUGCCAUCCUCUCUCUCUCUCUCUCUCUCGCUUUCUCACUCUCUCUUUCUUUCUUCUCUGUCUGCGACUUCCAAAUGGCUGCUGCUGCUGCUGCUGCUGCUGAGGUUAAUAAGCCUCAGUCAUCACUUCCUCCUUACCCCGAGAUGAUAAUGGCCGCCCUCAAAGCGUUGAAGGAGGAGAAUGGGUCCAACAAAUCAUCAAUUUCGAAAUACAUUGAAUCCGAGUAUGGGGACUUACCGGCCGGUCAUUCGCAGCUGCUGUCAGACAACCUCAACCGGAUGAAAGAAAGUGGGGACCUCGUCUUUUGGAAGAACAACUACAUUAAAUCGGACCAAGCGCCUCCACGUCGAGGUCGUGGCCGCCCCCCAAAGCCCAAGGGUCCCCUGCCGCCCAGUGCCACUGCUCCCCAGCUGUCCCCUGCAAGGCCGAGGGGCCGCCCACCAAAGGACCCAAAUGCUUCUCCCAAGCCCACCAAACCCAAGGUUGCUUCGAGCACCGGCAGGCCAAGGGGCCGCCCAAGAAAGAUGGCCAAGCCCAGCGGAGGCUUAGGCAGGUCCGCAGAGGUGGCAGCAGUAGCUGCUGCGCCUUCGGGCCGGCCGAGGGGUAGGCCUCCAAAGGUGAAGGCUGCAUCCGCUGAAGUUAGUGUAGAGACAUGAGAGAGAGAGAGAGAGAGAGGGAGAGAGAGAGAGGUGUUAUAGUGAUUGAUGAGAUAUUAGCCGUCUUUAAUUUUUGUUUGUUUGGGUGUCUGUAUAAUCUAUGUUUUGGUUGACUAACGUGUCUGUCUGUCUAUGUAAUUUGUGUGUAUAAUCGCCGACGCCAGAGGGAGAGUGUGUGGUGGACUGGACUGGACUGGACUGCUAGGGAGUUACUCUUUGUUUGAUGGCUAAUUAAUAUUCCUUUGGUUAAGGAACGAUCUGUGGUUGCAAUGCAAAUAUGAUGAAUUUGGCAGGUUUAUUAUCCUA